AAACACACUGAACUAAGUAAAAACACUCUUAUUAUUUAAAGACUAUUUGGCACAAAGGAGAAGACAAACGACAUGAUUCUGGUUUAUUUUGGAGCUUUUUGGUAUAAGGAUGACGCCAGAGUUUGAGACUGAACGAGCGACCGAAACCCUGCUCGAUUCUGACCGCACACUUCCCAAACUAGAAGAACUCCCUGCGGCAGACGAGGAGCCGGGACUGGACAAAGGAGAGUCCACUUUCGAAGACCCCGAGGUGGAGGCGAUCGUGGCCUGUGUGAAAGCGAUGGACGGAGAGACCGAGAAGCUGGUGGAGAUGAUGAAACGCGGGAAAAAAGAGGUGGAAGCAGACGCCAGAUCCAUUUAUGUUGGGAACGUGGAUUACGGUAUCACUGCGGCAGAGCUCAUGGUCCACUUUCGCCGCUGCGGUUCGGUCAACAGAGUGACUAUUUUAAGUGACAAAAACACGGGGCAUCCUAGAGGUUUCGCGUUUGUUGAAUUCAAGAAGAAAGCGUCUGUUCGCACGGCCCUGGCGUUGGAUCAGUCCGUGCUCAGAGGAAGGCACUUGAGGGUCUGUGUGAAGUUGGGAUGA